AGGCGGCGUUGGAGAAGCGGCGGGCGGGGUAAGUGGUGGGGAAAGGCCGAGCGGCGAUCUCCGGCCGCCCCGCUCGCUUCUUCUGGCAGUCGCCGCUUUCCAUGGCCGGGCAAGGGCGCCUCGGGGGCUCCGGCUCUUCCCUGCCGCUCCUGCUGGGGCUCCUUCUGCUGGCUUCGCCCCGAGGCGGGAGCGCCGAGCCCGGCUCCGGAGCCGCAGCCGCAGCCCCGUUGCGGUUCAACGUCAGCCUGGACAGCCCCCCCGAGAGCCGCUGGGCCCCGGUCGGCCGGCACUUCGACCCGGCCUUCAUGCGCGCCGUCGUCGGGCACGUCAUCGAUUCUGUGAUCCCCAAAUGGGUCCAUGAAGUUGUACGACGUGUCGCAGAAGACUUAGAAGCCUACAUCCCCCAGCCUUACGAAGGAGAGAUUCGGGGACUUUCCAAAAUGUUUGGGGUUAAUGUCGGUGACGGGGUCCUGCUGAAUCUGGCCUACGAAUUCACUGCUUUCUGCACCAGUAUAGUUGCUCAAGACAAACAAGGAAACAUAUAUCACGGUCGGAAUAUGGACUAUGAUUUUGGAGAUUAUUUAAGCAAGAUUACUAUCGAUGUGGAUUUUAUCAAGGACGGGCAGGUAAAAUUCAGCGGCACUACAUUCUUCGGCUACGUCGGUUUAUGGACGGGGCAAAGUCCACACAAGUUUUCCAUCUCUGGGAAUGAACGAGAUGUUGGCUACUGGUGGGAGAAUGCCAUGGCAGCUUUUUUGGCUCGAUUCAGUCCAGCCAGCUGGCUUAUCAGAACUGUUCUAAGUGAAGCAGAUGAUUUUCAAACGGCUUUCUAUAUGCUCGCCAAGAUACCCAUUAUAGCUGAUGUUUAUUAUAUCCUUGGAGGCACAACAGCCAGGCAAGGGGCAGUAAUCACAAGGAAAAGAACAGGCCCGAUAGAUGUUUGGCCUUUGGAUCCUUUAAACGGGGCGUGGUACCGAGUGGAGACCAACUAUGACCACUGGACCAACCCACCGCCUUAUGAUGAUCGAAGAACUCCGGCUAUUAGAGCACUAAAUGUGACAGGACAGGAACAUAUCAAUCUUAAUUCCCUCUUUAAGGUAUUAUCGACAAAACCUGUAUUAAACAAGCUGACUAUUUAUACCACUUUGAUGAGUAACGCGGAUCCAGACAAGUAUCAGACUUUUAUCAGGACCCAGGAGUGAAAAUGUAAAAUGAAGGAAUGAAAAUCUUCCAAAACGCAAAGGCAGCAGCUGUGUUUAUGAACCGCACAUGCAGAAUAACAUAACUGAUGUAUGCAGUAUUCUCUUCGGACGUCCCAUUUUUAAAAGAAGAAAAAGGAAAUCACUGCCUUCCAGUCCUUAGUGUGUGGGAAAUGGAUAUUGAAAUAAGGGACAUGGGAUAAGAGCAGUGGUGGGAUUCAAAUAAUUUAACAACUGGUUCUCUGCCCUGGGUGGGUGUGGCCAUGGUGGGCGUGGCCGGGGGAUGUGACAGGCAGCACUUGGCUUCCUGCAGCCCCUUGGGAGCAAAAAAUGAGUCAUGGGGGUGGGGGGUUUGCCGGCCCCCUGCACCCCGUUUUGGGCCUAGUAGGCCUCCUUGCAGCCUUCUGGGAGCAAAUAUGGGCUGCGGUGAGGGAAGAAGCGGGAAGGGGAGGGGAGGGGCCACCCAGCAAUUUAACAACCGGUUCUGCCGAACUGGUGUGAACCAGUUGAAUCCCACCACUGGAUAAGAGAACAACGUCCCAGUCUUAGGAGACAAUAUCUCUAUCCCUGCUUUUAUUGAUCAAAACAUCACGUCCUGUGGGCUAUUUUAUCCAUUAUUAGAAAAAUCAGGUUUCUCUGUAGCUGUAUGACAUUACUGUACCAUGAUUACAUUUUUAUUUGACGUC